GCCUGGCCCCUCCUGGCGGGCGGCCUCGGUUGCUAAGCAACGCGGAUUGUGGCCCCGCCCUCGGUGGGCCUGGUGCUUGGGUCAUCUGUCCCCAGGACUGGCGGACCCUGCCCCACAUCUGGCAACGGGACGGGUCUCAGGAUGCGCGUGAAGCUGGCCUGCGCGUGAGAGUCCAGUAACGCGGGAGGCACCGUGCGGUCGCUCUUGUCAGUCCCAAGGGUUUGAACAGGCCAAGCGCCGGUGCCGACGCACUAUCUCCCGGCGUCCCCCGCGACGGGAAGGAGUUGAACGCUUGAGGCCGACGCAACCAGCGUUGGUCGUUGUUGUCGCUGCUGCUGUCGCGUUGAGAGGACUCGUCGCGGCCGCCUCCGUCGCCCGUGCCGGCUACCAUGUCCGCCCAAGCGCAGAUGCGGGCCCUGCUGGACCAGCUCAUGGGCACGGCCCGGGACGGAGAUGAAACCAGACAGAGAGUGAAGUUUACAGAUGACCGUGUCUGCAAGAGUCAUCUUCUGGACUGCUGCCCCCAUGACAUCCUGGCUGGGACGGCAGAAAAAGUACAUGAGUUGAAUGAAGAAAUAGGAAAACUUCUUGCUAAAGCUGAGCAGCUGGGAGCUGAAGGAAAUGUGGAUGAAUCCCAGAAGAUUCUUAUGGAAGUGGAGAAAGUCCGUACAAAAAAAAAAGAAGCUGAGGAAGAAUACAGAAAUUCCAUGCCUGCGUCCAGUUUUCAGCAGCAGAAGUUGCGUGUCUGUGAAGUCUGCUCAGCCUACCUUGGACUCCACGACAAUGACCGUCGCCUCGCAGACCAUUUCGGGGGCAAGUUGCACUUGGGGUUCAUUCAGAUCCGUGAGAAGCUUGAUCAGUUGAGGAAAACUGUGGCUGAAAAGCAGGAGAAGAGAAAUCUGGAUCGCUUGAGGAGGAGAGAAGAGAGGGAGCGAGAGGAAUGGCUAAGCAGGAGGUCUGGAUCAAGAACCAGAGAUCGCAGGAGGUCGCGUUCCCGGGACCGGCGCCGGCGGCGGUCAAGAUCUACCUCGAGAGAGCGACGGAAGUCUUCGAGGUCCCGGUCCCGAGACAGACACCGGCGCCACCGCAGUCGUUCCCGGAGCCACAGCCGGGGCCACCGCUGGGCUUCCAGGGACCGCAGUGCGAAAUACAAGUUCUCCAGAGAGCGGGCAUCGACGGAAGAGACCUGGGUGCGCGGGCGGAGCGAGCGGGGGGCCGCCGAUGGGAGGCUUGAGAGCGCCAACGGGAAGACGGCUUCGCGGAGGUCGGAGGAGAAGGAGGCUGGCGAGAUCUGAACCCGGGCCCGGGCACUGUAAAUAGUCGGAGAAGCGUGCGACACAGCCUGAAGUUCCUCUUUAUAUUUGCUGAAUACAACUCCUCUUUUGUAGUUUAAAAUUUCUAUUGUUUUGGAGCUAGCUGUGAGUUUCUAGAGGUGUACAGAGUUGCUCCUGUGUUCUGGGGUUAUGUUGAGUAGGAUAAAUAAAUCUGACAGACUGCCUCCUGACUGCUGCA